AUGCCGCGCCGUGCCGCGCCACAGCACGCGGCCCUGCUGCUCGUGCUCGCGCUCGCUUCGUGCGCAGGCAACCCCGAUGCCAAGCGCCUCUACGACGACUUACUUUCCAACUACAACAAGCUUGUCCGGCCGGUGCUCAACGUCAGCGACGCGCUCACCGUGCGUAUCAAACUCAAGCUGAGUCAGCUCAUCGACGUGAACCUGAAGAACCAAAUCAUGACAACCAACUUAUGGGUGGAGCAGAGUUGGUACGAUUACAAGCUUUCCUGGGAGCCACGGGAGUAUGGCGGUGUGGAGAUGCUUCACGUACCCUCCGACCACAUUUGGCGGCCAGACAUAGUGCUCUACAACAAUGCCGACGGCAACUUCGAGGUGACCCUGGCUACGAAGGCGACGCUCAACUACACCGGCCGUGUCGAAUGGCGACCGCCAGCUAUUUACAAGUCAUCCUGCGAAAUCGAUGUCGAGUACUUCCCUUUCGACCAGCAAACCUGUGUAAUGAAGUUUGGUUCCUGGACCUACGACGGCUUCCAGGUGGACCUGCGACACAUCGACGAGGCGCGCGGGACCAAUAUUGUGGAACUUGGGGUCGACCUCUCCGAGUUUUAUACCUCCGUAGAAUGGGACAUCCUUGAGGUGCCAGCAGUCAGAAACGAAAAAUUCUACACGUGUUGCGACGAGCCUUACCUGGACAUUACGUUCAACAUCACGAUGCGGCGGAAGACACUCUUUUACACAGUGAACUUGAUCAUCCCGUGCAUGGGCAUCUCGUUCCUGACCGUGCUGGUGUUCUACUUACCUUCAGACAGCGGUGAGAAGGUGUCGCUGUCCAUCUCCAUCUUGCUCUCGCUGACCGUGUUCUUCUUGCUGCUGGCUGAAAUCAUUCCGCCCACUUCUCUAGUCGUGCCGCUACUCGGAAAGUUUGUGCUCUUCACCAUGAUACUCGACACAUUCAGUAUCUGCGUGACGGUAGUGGUGCUGAAUGUGCACUUCCGUUCGCCGCAGACGCACACGAUGGCGCCGUGGGUGCGGCGGGUGUUCAUCCACGUGCUGCCGCGGCUGCUCGUCAUGCGCCGCCCGCACUACCGCGUCGACCCGCACCGCAGCCGCUUCGCCGGCUUGGUUACCGGAGCGGGUGAAAGUGCGCCAUGGGACGAAGACUCCCCGCUGGGCGGCGUGACCGCGAGUAGCGUGGGGGGUGUGGGCGGCGCAGCGUGCGGCGCGGGAGGCGCGUCCGCCGCGGGCGCGUGCCGCUCGUGCGCCGCUUGCCGCGCGUGCCGGCUGCACGACACGCCCGCGCUCUGCGACGCUCUGCGGCGCUGGCACCGUUGCCCCGAGAUCAACAAGGCUAUCGACGGCAUCAACUAUAUCGCUGAGCAGACGCGUAAGGAGGAGGAAUCCACCAGGGUGAAGGAGGAUUGGAAGUACGUGGCAAUGGUGCUCGACCGACUGUUCCUGUGGAUUUUUACACUGGCCGUAGUGGUGGGAUCGGCGGGCAUCAUCCUGCAAGCGCCCACGCUGUACGACGAGCGUGCGCCGAUCGACGUGCGCCUCUCAGAGAUUGCGUACGCGACAGCCAAGCCGCGGCCGCCGCCGCCGCGCUAG